AUGAUGAACAACACCCAGAGCAGUCUCACUCUUGAGUUUUUCAUCGUUGGAUUUCCAGGACUUUUACCUGAUUACUAUAAUUUAAUGGCUGCUAUGUUUUUCAUCAUUUACUUGACAACAAUACUAGGGAACUUACUUCUGGUGGUGUCAUUCUUAUGUGCACCAAACCUCCAGAAGCCCAUGUACAUCACCAUGUUAAGUCUAGCUUUGUCUGAUAUCGGAUUUUCCACAGUCGCUUUGCCUAAAAUAAUCUCUCGCUACUGGUUUAACAAUGGGUCUAUUCCUUUUUUCGUUUGUCUGUUUCAAAGGCUGCUAAUUCACUAUUUUGGCACUCUGAAUUCUCUUAUCAUGAUGACUAUGGCUAUAGAUCGUUAUCUGGCUAUCUGCUUUCCAUUCAGAUAUCCUGUACUGAUGACCAACCAGAUUAUGAGUAUUAUAACAGGGCUUUCGUGGGCAUCAGCAGUGAUCGCCCCUGGAAUUACCACUAUCCAAACUGCAAAUUUGCCGUUCUGUGGGCCGAACCGAAUUAUUCAUUGCUACUGUGACAGCAUGUCGAUGAAUGCUUUAGCAUGUGCUGAUAUUACCUUUGUGUCAUAUGUUUCGAGUUCUUUAGCUGCUGUUGUACUUUUGUUACCUUUUGGUUUUAUAAUAUUUUCCUAUGCCUGCAUUAUCGUGGCUGUAAUUAGAACAGCCAAUAAUCAGGCCAAGCUGAAAGCUUUCUCUACUUGUUCAACACAGUUGUGUAUUAUUAGUAUUUAUUAUGUUCCCCGUGUCUGUGUGUAUGUCACACCUUAUAUUCCCAGUUUAAAGUGGAAUGUAGACCAAAGACUUGUAGUCACUAUGUUUUAUGGCUUCUUCCCACCACUAGUAAACCCACUCAUAUACUUCUUUAGGACUAAAGAAAUCCGUCAGCUUCUGAUAAAGUGGUGCACUGAAAAAAAGUGUAUGACCCAGGUAAUUAAUAUUGUAUCUGUUUCUAAAUAA